GAAUGAGCCCCCGAAGUUAAUCUUGGGGUCAGACGUUCUCAGCUCUCACGGGAGAGGCUAGCAAAGCGAAGAUUGCAGGGUCUGGCCUGAAUGUUCUGGGCCACCGUGGGGGCCGGUGAUCACUGUCUUUCUUGCCACUCUUUCCUCUCAAGUUCCCGAAUUUCCAUCUCCACCUCCGACCCACUGGGGACUGACCAGGGACUGGAAAGAGCGCGAAAGGUAUAAAGGGGAGAAGAGACUGCGCCUUUUGGUGCCCGGGUGAAAGGUGCCAAUCGACCGCAUCGCUCUGCGUGGCCCUACCUGGGAGGUGCGGAGCCCGGGGCACGACGCUCGGUGUUCUCAGAGGCAGACUCUGAGGCACGUAUUUUAGACCGUCCAGUGGUACUAUUGUCUCUGUUAUCUUAGAGUCCGCCGGGGGCUGUCUCCGUGAUGACAGCCCACGCUCCCUUUUCCGCCCUCAUGAACUUGCUCUCCACAGACCACGGAUCUGCUUGAGUGCCCACGGAUCCUGUGCAAUUGGACUUGAAUGUCCUUUAACAGGCCUUGGCCAUCAGAACACCAAAACCAUAAAACCUUCGAGAAAUCAACCACUCACUCUGAGGCUCGCUGUAGAAGAGUGGCUUAGACUCUCCCACUUCGGAGUCCCAGUUGAUCACCAACCCGCUUGCUACAGGCCCCAAAUGGUUACGGGCACAGCUUCUAGUUACAUUAGACGCUUCCUUGCCCCAGCCUUUCGAGCCUCAGGUCUGCUUUGGGGAUGUGGCUUAGGCAGUAGCCACCUAGAAAUCCUGCACUGUUUGAGUGUGAUACCGCUGCGGACUACAGCAGACAGGCGUGCCAGGCUUCUAGUCCAGAUACCCACCCCCACCCCAGUAAAUCUCUAGUGUUGAGGGAAGCAAGGCUUGCAGGAAGCCGCUCCGGAUGUUUGCUUCUUUACUUGUGGCAUUUGUGGCUGGCUUUGAUAACGUCGUGAGCUCGGCUUCCAACACCCAUUUAGUGAAGAAACUGAAAUAUGGCCCACUCACACUGCUGGCGGGUCUGAAGUGCGGUUGGCCCCAACACUCCUCCCAAAGUAUCUAUCAAGAGAAUGGUCAGCAGAAGUUAGAUCUAGACCUGGAGUUUUAACUACUAUCACUGAUCUCUACACACAACCUCCAGCUUUAAAUGGGAGGGAGGGUCACCACUGCUUUAUAACAUAACAAAUUAGAGAAAAGCUGGCUUCUGUAUGAGUUCUUUGGAGACAAAGUAGCUCCAGAAACUGCAGACCAGAAGCUAUCAAAAUCUCUGUGCUUUUUUGGAACCUCCAGUAAGCCAGAUUUGGUCUCUGAAAUAAUACAGGAAAACCUCAGCAUGUCACCUCAUGGAUACAAGUAAGUAAUACUUUUCAAUCAGCUAUUCACAGUAAAGAAAGUCUGUUUUGGAAACUGACAUGUUGAGUCCUUCCUUCCUUCCUUCCUUCCUUCCUUCCUUCCUUCCUUCCUUCCUUCCUCCCUCUCUCCCUCCCUCCCUUCCUUCCUUUCUUCCUUUCUUCCUCUCCUUCAAGACAGGGUUGCAUGUAGCCCAGGCUGGCCUCUAAUUCCAUAUGUAGCUAAGGACAAUCAUGAACGUAUUUUUCUGCCCCCCACAUCUCAAGUGCUGGAAUUAUAGAAUUACAGGCACUAGGCAUCUCAUAGACUGUCUUUCGGAAUUGUACUAGAUGAACAUUCAAACUGAGCUCGAUCACCAUUCCUUUGAGUUUUCCUACCUUAAAACUACGCAAGGAUGACCGUUGGAUCUGGUAGAGAACAACACAAACAUGCAAACAAACUCAAAUGUAACACAGAGCUUUUGGAGCUCCUUGUCUGAAGGAGGGCUGCUAAGUGUGUGUAACACUCUCCCAGUGUCUGCCUUAACAGGUGAUGAGUCUCCCUUUCCUCUCCUAGAAUCUAUAAUGCUGCCCUUGAAAAAGACUACGUCUAGAACUAAAUGAGUUUGCUAAUAUUUGGAGGGUGCUGAGUGGUUGCUGGGAUAAGCAUUGUAGGAAGGCAUGUUUUGAAGCCCGUGGGAAAGUACUUUCAGGUUUAAAAUAAAUUUAAGGGUGGUCAGCUUUUCAUUCCAGUCUUAAGAAAACGUUGUAACCGUCUGUCAGGCUAACAGUCUUACACGCUACGGAUUUGCUGCUUAAAUGGACUGAUCCUUUUCCUCCGAGGAACAGCACAGUGCUGCUGUCUUUGCACUUUAUUUUACAUUUUAAUCUCGUGGUGUUUGCGAUGGAAUCAUGGCCUUGCAAGUCUUUAGAAAUAAAACCAGAUCUUGCCUCUUUUGCCGAACACACAAAAGGAGCUUUUGUUUUAUAUUUUUAUGUUUCACACUGAAAUUCCUCAGGGUUGACUUGAGCUCUUAUUGAGCAGUGAUAUAUUAGUGAUAUAGCAUUUUAUGUUAAACUUUGUUUUAUUACAACUUGCUAUUUACCUUGGAUAUUUUUAUUAUAAUAUAAGCAUGAUGGAUGAGUUCUUGGGAGAAGAACAGGAUUUUUUUUCUCUGAAAAAUCAUGCUAAGUUAAUUACCUUCGGUAAUAUUUUUUUAAAAGAAUGGAAUAAAUACCUAUACCUAGUAUGUUGAUGUGAACAACCUUGGACUUGUUCUUCAAUCUUCCGUUACAGUGAGCAGCACCUCCAGACAUCUGAAUUUCAGCCUUCCUAUUUCCCCAAGAGGUCUUGGCGCCAGCGCCCGGCUCCAGCCAGUUUUCCCCAAGGCAGGUGUAGCCAGAACACUGCCGGGGGAGGGGAAAGGGGCGGGUGUGGGACUUGGGACUCGGACCACUGGCUGGGCGGGGGCCUAAGGACUAGGGUCCGGUCCGCCCCCGCCUCGCCAUUGGCCGCGUCCAUAAAGAAAAGGGCCCCGCGGCCCGGGGGGACACCCGCAGUGUCACUGGGUAGAUCUCCAGCGCGGAUUAGGCGAAGGGUUAGGUCUACCAGGAGAGCAGCGGGAGGGUAGCACCCGCUCAGCUUUACGAGUUCCUCUGGGCAUCUCCAGGCUAGCUUCCGAUCCCUGCCUCAGGGUCGGGGGAAGCGGCGUGUCCCGUGGCCAUAGCAGAGCUCGGGGUCGGUCUGGAGAGCCAUGAGCAGCCCGGAUGCGGGAUACGCCAGUGACGACCAGAGCCAGCCCCGGAGCGCGCAGCCCGCGGUGAUGGCAGGGUUGGGCCCCUGUCCCUGGGCCGAGUCCCUGAGCCCCCUCGGGGAUGUAAAGGUGAAAGGCGAGGUGGUGGCGAGUAGCGGGGCGCCAGCCGGGACGUCGGGCCGAGCCAAAGCGGAGUCUCGCAUCCGGCGGCCGAUGAACGCCUUUAUGGUGUGGGCCAAAGACGAACGCAAGCGGUUGGCACAGCAGAACCCAGAUCUGCACAACGCAGAGCUAAGCAAGAUGCUAGGCAAGUCUUGGAAGGCGUUGACCUUGGCAGAGAAGCGGCCCUUCGUGGAAGAGGCCGAGCGGCUGCGCGUGCAGCAUAUGCAGGACCACCCCAACUACAAGUACCGGCCGCGGCGGCGCAAGCAGGUGAAGCGCAUGAAGCGGGUGGAGGGAGGCUUCCUGCACGCUCUCGUCGAGCCCCAGGCCGGCGCGCUUGGUCCCGAGGGCGGCCGCGUGGCCAUGGAUGGCCUGGGUCUGCCUUUCCCGGAGCCGGGCUAUCCGGCCGGUCCUCCGCUGAUGUCUCCGCACAUGGGCCCCCACUAUCGGGACUGCCAGGGACUGGGCGCUCCCGCGCUCGACGGCUACCCUCUGCCCACUCCGGACACAUCCCCGCUGGAUGGCGUGGAGCAGGACCCGGCUUUCUUUGCAGCCCCGCUGCCAGGGGACUGCCCGGCGGCCGGCACCUACACUUACGCUCCAGUCUCGGACUAUGCAGUGUCCGUAGAGCCGCCCGCUGGCCCCAUGCGAGUGGGGCCGGACCCCUCGGGCCCUGCGAUGCCGGGGAUCCUGGCGCCCCCCAGCGCUCUGCACCUGUACUACGGCGCGAUGGGCUCGCCCGCCGCAAGUGCGGGGCGCGGUUUCCACGCGCAACCCCAGCAGCCGCUGCAACCGCAGGCACCGCCGCCGCCACCGCAGCAGCAGCACCCAGCGCACGGCCCCGGGCAACCUUCGCCCCCUCCCGAGGCUCUGCCCUGCCGGGAUGGCACGGAAUCCAACCAGCCCACUGAGCUCCUAGGGGAGGUGGACCGCACGGAAUUCGAACAGUAUCUGCCCUUUGUGUAUAAGCCCGAGAUGGGUCUUCCCUACCAGGGACACGACUGCGGAGUGAACCUCUCAGACAGCCACGGAGCCAUUUCCUCCGUGGUGUCCGACGCUAGCUCAGCGGUCUACUAUUGCAACUACCCCGACAUUUGACGGUUGCCGACCCGACCUGAGGGCCAGAAGCAGUGUUACACACUUCCUGGAAGCGCUAAGGAAAUCCUUAGCGUCAAGCUGUUUUGUUUUUAAGUUGCCUUGGCAUAUAAUUUAUGGUAAUUUAUUUUGUCUGCCACUUGAACAGUUGAGGGGCUACACGAGAUUUUUGUUUUAAAUGCCUUGAGGGACUUGCUCCCCACAAUCACUGUCCAGUUUUAGCCAGUUUUAAAAUAUCUCACUGACUUAUUCCAUUUCUUGAAAGUGUAUUGAUCUAGAGAAAUUUUGUCAUGCGUGUUUUCUCAAUCUUAAAUAAAUCCUGGAAUCUUUUUAAAAUCUCUCGCAUCGAUUUUUAUCAAAUUAAAGAUCAACAGUAAGUAUUAUACAAUUAGAAGUGUAUACUUAAUUGUAAAAUUUUCAUUUUUCUUACAAUGGUAAGAAAAUGCAUCUAAGAAACCCUAAACACAAACAGCGGGGUGUUCAAAUGUGAUAUAAUUGUUCUGAGAAAAAUUCUCAAAAGAUGAACUUGUUAUGUACAUUCCAAAUAUUGGUUUCUAAAAAUGAUACUGUAAAUGUUUUUAAUUCUGUACACUUUAAUGAGGCUGUUCAAAAAUUUCGGAUUUUCAGUCAUCUCGACACCUGCCAAAAGAGCUUUUCAGAUAUAACUCUUUCCUGUUUGUCUUUUCUUCCAAAAGUCUUGAUCCCACUUCCCACAAAAUUUGCCUUUAAUUCCUACAAUUUUAGAGUCAGAGAAACUAAUCAAAAUAAAGUUUGUGUUGUGACUGUUA